CACCAACCCAAACAACACACUCAGAACGCCGCCAUCCCCAUCAAACCCUCGCUUUUUUGGCUUGGUCGGCCUUGCUCACCCUCUCUCUGCUAUGCAAGAGCUUUUUAGCGGCUUUGUACAACUCCCUUGAUAAUAUACCCCCCCCCCUAAAUCAAUUCCCCGUCGAUACCUCCAGCAGGGGACUUCGCAAUGGGUUCUGGCGCCCAAAGAUCGGUCCCGGAGCCUCCGGCCGUGCGGUUUGCCUCGAGCAGCCAGGAGAUUGAACCGGUGCAGCUUGACGAGACGAGUACGACUUCGAGAACGGGCGAGCUGAAUGUUUCUGGAUCUCGGGGACAGUUAAAAGAUUUGUCGGAUUCUUUGAGUGGGACACACCUUCAGUCGAGGCGGAUGAGCCAUUUCAAUUUCGAGCCUGUCUCGUUACCGGCUUCAAGAGUACCGUCGGCCGAAAGCUUUCAGGAGUCGAGUCGGCAUCCAUCUCAGUCAUCCGCAUCAGGUCGCCCGUCCUUACAUUCACGUUCGGGGACAAUGCAGACUCCACCACUUACCCCAGCAGUGAGCGGAUCUAGAGAGGCGACUGGGAAGGGUGUCAACUUGCAGAGAGUCGGAGCAGAAAUUGACCCAACUACUACCGCACCUCAGAUCUCACCAUACAACUCUUCGAGGCCAGGUUCAUCGGGGCAGACACCAUUAACACAGCCAAGCGUGGCAGAUUCCGUCACCGGAUAUCGGAAAAGCGCAUUCGCCAUUGGGCCGUCUCGCCAGUCAAGUGAAACGAGAGAGCGUAGUGAAUAUUCACAAUCUAUUCCGCAGUCCCGCGAACAGAGCCCGAGUCGGAGGGGUUAUAGCAGACCGUUCACACCCGCGGGAGAGCCGGACGACCCUUAUGCAUCUAACAAACGACCCCCACAGUCCAAGAACCUCGAUACCAUUGAGCCUCGAUUUGUGUUCAGCGGCUUGAACAGCAGACACCGAACCUCGCCGUCUUCUUCCACGACGACUCUGCCACGAUCAUGUCGCAGCUCAGCAGACCUGCGCUCGGAUAGGAAGAGCUUCUCAUCGAAGAAGGAUCCCAGUAUCGCGCGACUGAACGACGACGCCCUCCCCGCCCGAGGCUCGAUGUCCGAAUUAAAGCGCUUCCUAAAGAUUGGCGGACACCACAAGUCGAAGCGUAACGCAUCUCCGAGCACCUCCAUAAAAUCCGGCACCAAAACCCCAACAAGCCAGAAAUCACUCCAACAGCUACCUUUCGGCGAAGACCACGGCCUGACUUCCAAGUACGGCAAGUUCGGCAAGGUGCUCGGUGCUGGUGCGGGCGGAUCUGUUCGAUUGAUGAAGCGGAGUUCGGAUGCGACAACUUUUGCAGUUAAGGAGUUCCGUGCACGCCACGCGUAUGAGACGGAGAAGGAGUAUACGAAGAAAGUCACGGCGGAGUUCUGUAUCGGGUCUACGCUACACCAUGGUAAUAUCAUCGAGACGCUUGAUAUCAUUAGGGAAAAGGGGAAAUGGUACGAGGUGAUGGAGUAUGCGCCUUAUGAUCUCUUCGCCAUCGUCAUGACGGGCAAGAUGUCGCGCGAGGAGGUUUCGUGCUCGUUCUUACAGAUCUUGAGUGGUGUCACGUUUAUCCACAGUAUGGGUCUUGCUCAUCGCGAUCUUAAGCUCGAUAACGUCGUCGUUAACGAUUUUGGGAUCAUGAAGAUCAUUGAUUUCGGAAGCGCGAGUAUGUUCAAAUACCCCUUUGAGACGGAAAUCGUAUUAGCUACAGGUAAGCCUCCUCUCCCCCCAACCUUUCCCCCUCCAUGUCCACAACAAAAACAUAACCCACCCCCCCAGGCAUCGUAGGCUCCGACCCCUACCUCGCCCCCGAAGUCUACGACGAGCGCAAAUACGACCCCCAACCCGCCGACAUCUGGUCCCUGGCCAUCAUCUUCUGCUGCAUGUCCCUCCGCCGCUUCCCCUGGAAAAUGCCCCGCAUGACCGACAACUCGUACCGCCUCUUCGCGUCCGCGCCCUCCGAAGGCACCGAGCCCCGCCCGGACGUAAGCUCGAAAUCCAAGUCCGAAACCGAGAUCGCGCG